AACUACAAUACCCAGUCUUCCGGAAGUUUUGAUUCGUUAAAUCCGGUCUUGCAGCUCUGUGACCUACACUUAGGAGAAAAUGGCAGCGGCUAGACUGGGGCUGCAGGUGCGUCGGUUAAGCACCUCCGCAAGUAGACCAGCGGCAAAACUUAUCAAGCCUCCUAUCCAGGUAUAUGGCGUGGAGGGCCGCUACGCCACAGCGCUGUUCUCAGCAGCCAGCAAACAGAAGAAUCUGGACCAGGUGGAGAAGGAGCUGACCCGUGUGUCUAGCUUGAUUGCGGACCCGAAGCUCUCCAGCAUCGUGAUGAACCCUCACGUGAAGCGCUCCCUGAAGCAGAAGACCUUCAGCGAUGCCCUGACCAGGGAGAAGCUCUCCCCCAUCACCAUCAACCUCAUCAACGUUCUGGCUGAGAACGGUCGCCUGAAGCUGACCGCUGAUGUCAUCUCCGCCUUCGGCCUGAUGAUGAGUGCUCACCGCGGGGAGGUCACCUGUACCGUCACCACUGCUCAGCCCCUGGAUGAGGCCAACCUGGCGGACCUGAAGACUGCUCUGGACGGCUUCCUACAGAAGGGAGAGACGCUGAAGCUGGAGACAAAGUCUGACCCCUCUAUCCUGGGUGGGAUGAUCGUCAGCAUUGGGGACAAGUAUGUGGAUAUGUCCACCAAGAACAAGAUCCAGAAGCUCACCAAGAUUAUCAGAGAUACAUAAGUCCUGUGGACUCCUCUGGACGAGUGGGGUAUUCCUGUUUCUAGCAGCCUAGCUUCCUAACAGUGUCAUUACACUGCCUUCCUUUUUGUCUUCAUAAUAAAUAUUCUGUAACAUACA